CGCGCGGACGCAACCGUUAUUUUCGGGACGCUUUUCACUUCUUUUCAAAUAAACUUUAGUAUUAUAAUUAUUACUUUAGUAAAUCUCCCUGGAAUUAAUUUUAAAAAUUAAACAACAAAUUUAAUAAACAAUAACAGUCUUGUUUAGUAAAUACUUACCAACUGAUAGUGAAAGUGAAGAAAUUUCUAACCUAGAAAUUUCAAAUCCCAGCGCCUUUUUGUUAGGAAGAAAUCACGGAACGACGCUCACUGCCGGCUAAGGACUCUAGUAUUAUUUUAUCCAGUGUGGUGGUUAGUUGAUUUUAUUUAUAAAAAGGUUGUUGUGCAUUUAUUUAUUUAUUGACACACUAGUUCCGUAAUGGUGAGUGUUGUGUUAAAUGUUAUGGUAUGUAUUAACGUGAUUGAAUUAUUUUUUACUGGACGGGGUUAAAAUGGCGUUUGUACUCUUCGUCCUCCGCGCACCUAUAUCGACCGUGACAAAUAAUUCACCGACGGCGAAUGGAAACGAUUGGCGGAAUUUUUGAAUUUUUUUAUAAUUGAUUUAUUAUUGUAGAACUAUAAUUAUUUUGUUGAACACACUGGUUUCUAGUCCUUACAAGUGGUUAUUUAAGUGUUUGUGUUGUGUUACAAGGAUUUCUUCUUUAACAAGACGCCCGAAGCUAAAGAGAUUCUCAAGGAGGGUGGAGUACCAGGGAAACAAAAACCCGAAGGAACCGAGUGAAAAAGCGUUAAAGUAAUGCCACUACGGUACCUGGGAUAACUUGAGGCCAGAAGUAAAGGAAAGCAACACCAACAACACCGUAGUGUACAGCUGUAUCAGAAAUAAGAAGGUGGAAGGAAGGUGCAUAAGGUGUGUUGAGCCUUAACACUGUUGAGAUGCGACGGAUCCGCUUCGUCAUUAGUCGACGAGCCUAAAAACUAACCCGAGUCGAGACACAUAUAUAAAACUGAGCACCCAUACUACAUUAAGAGUGCAACUCUAAAGCAAACCCAGUAAAAGUUAAACACAUCUCACCCGCAGUCUUUGUCGUCUGCGUGCGUCGGCGGUAGAUGUUCCUACGUCCUGCGGUGAAGCCGUACAUACGGCUAGACGUCACCAGUACAACAGGAAAAACAAAAACAACAGCUACAGCCCACCAAUUGCUGAAGCUGAACCUGGUGCUGGAGUUGUUAUUGUUAUUGUCGCCGUAAAAUUGUAGGAUGCGCUUAUAGUGGUUGGAUAGUUAUUAUUGUGAUUAUUGUUGAUUCUGUUUGUGAUAAUUAAUAGCUAAAUAUAUAUUAGGAAAAUUAUUUGGUGAACAAAACCUUGAUACAGACCUUGAUUAGGUCUACUUAAGUUUUGAGGCAAUGAGGAGGAGAGAGUGACGCCAAUUGAUCGCGAGUGGACGCCAUUGAUAACGAGGAAUGCUUGCCCCAUGCAACAUGGCGGCUCGUCUCAUUUGCGGCACCUGUCUUGUCGCCUUCUUCAUUCUUCUUUGCCUCGGGAUUACCACCGCUGAACAAGUUGUUCUGCUGGAUACCACCACUGAAGAGAUUCUCGACUGGACCAAGUUCCCCUACGGACCGCAAGCCACGACGCCUGGCUGGGUGGAGGAAUCCUUUACCAACUUCGACAAGGGUAUAAACUGGAGAAGUUAUGUUGUUUGCGAUGUCGCCUACAACAACGUCAACAACUGGCUUUGGACGCCCUUCAUAGAACGUGGUCCGGCCAAUCGUAUGUACAUUGAGAUCAAGUUUACUACAAGAGACUGCUCCUUGUUCCCGGGUAAUGCACUUAGCUGCAAGGAGACAUUCUCUCUGCUCUACUACGAGUUUGAUGCCGCCACCAAAGAACCUCCGCCAUGGGAACCUGAAAGUUACAAGUUGAUAGGUCGCAUAGCCGCGGGCGAGGGAAGAUUCAACACAAACACCGAAGUUAUAAUAAACACCGAAGUUAAAUCAAUACCAGUGACUAAGAAAGGAGUGUACUUUGCAUUCCGGGACCAGGGGGCUUGUAUAUCCAUCCUGGCAAUAAAAGUCUACUACAUAAGUUGUCCAGAGGUGUCUGUUAACUUUGCCCACUUUCCGGCAACGCCAACUGGCCGUGAAGUUGCCCUGAUAGAGCAAACUAUUGGCACGUGCGUUGCAAAUGCCGUGGAAAUAGACCAACCAACUUUCCUCUGCAAAGGAGACGGAAAGUGGUACUUGCCAUCUGGAGGAUGCCACUGCAAACCCGGUUAUCAAGCCGAUGUCGAGAAGCAACAGUGCACUGAGUGUCCUAUUGGCAAGUUCAAGCACGAGGCUGGCUCUCAUACGUGUGAGAAGUGUCCUGCACAUAGCACUGCUCCCGAUUAUGGAUUUGUCGAGUGCCGAUGCGAUGUCGGAUACUUCAGAGCGCCAAAAGACCCGAGGAAAAUGCCAUGCACGCAGCCACCAUCAGCCCCGCAAAACCUGACAGUGAAUUUCGUGGAUCAAUCUACGGUAAUUUUAUCCUGGAAUGCGCCUUAUCAGCAGGGAGGAAGACUUGAUACCACUUACAGGGUUGUCUGCGACGCCUGCAGCACCGGAGUCAAGUAUAUUCCCAAUACUGAAAUCUUCAACGACACGAAGAUCACCAUCACCGGAUUAAAUGCAGUUACGACUUAUCGGUUUCAAGUGUUUGCCGAGAACGGUGUAUCACCGAUGGCGGGCCGUUCUGAGUAUGUAGAUAUUACCGUGACAACCGAGGCAAGUGUACCGAGUCUCGUCAGCAAUGUUAGGAUUACUAGCGUCAAGAGUUCCGAGCUCAGCAUCAGUUGGGAUGCUCCCAUUACUGAAUUAGGCGAGAGUGAUAUUGUUGAACGUUAUGAAGUAAAAGUAUAUCCCCGAUUUGACGACGCAAUAAACGCAACGAUAGUGCAAACACACGAUUUAUCAGCAACAUUCAAAGGUUUGCGCCCGGCAACCGAUUACGCGAUCCAGGUGCGAGCCAAAACGACCCGCGGAUGGGGCGAGUACACACCAGUGAUCUACAAAAAGACAAACCAUGCAAUGGGACUAGACUAUGUCGGUGAUGACGACAACAUGCAGGUGCGCAUAAUCGCUGGCGCUAUAGUCGCAGUGGUGGUCUUGCUCGUGAUAAUAAUUAUCAUGACUGUCCUCUUUCUCAGAAGCAGAGCCUCUGAUGAAUGCAACAAGAAACAGCCGAGCGAUUGCGACACACUUGAAUACAGAAAUGGCGAAGGACUAGUUGUGACCUACAUGCACUGCAAAAUGGACAGUUCACCGAUUGUGACAACUCAUACCAAUAACAAGAGCAAGUCCUCGCUGACUACGCCACUAUUCACGCCUGCAGUGGGUGUUACCGCGGGGGCAGGUAACGCCAGUGGCACUAGUGCACGAAGUUACGUUGAUCCACAUACAUACGAAGAUCCUAAUCAAGCGGUACGUGAAUUUGCACGUGAAAUAGACGCUGGUUACAUAACGAUUGAAGCAAUAAUUGGUGGCGGAGAAUUCGGCGAUGUGUGUCGCGGAAAAUUGAAGCUACCACCUGACGGCCGCGCUGAGAUAGACGUGGCUAUAAAAACCCUGAAACCCGGCUCGGCUGACAAAGCCCGGAAUGAUUUCCUGACGGAAGCAUCGAUAAUGGGCCAGUUCGAGCACCCCAAUGUGAUAUUCCUCCAAGGCGUAGUGACUAAGAGUAAUCCGGUGAUGAUCAUCACCGAGUUUAUGGAGAACGGUAGCCUAGACACUUUUCUACGUGCCAACGACGGCAAAUUCCAGGUCCUCCAGCUCGUAGGGAUGCUAAGGGGCAUCGCCAGCGGGAUGCAGUACCUCGCUGAGAUGAACUAUGUCCACCGAGACCUAGCAGCCAGGAACGUCCUCGUCAACGCCGCCCUGGUUUGCAAAAUCGCCGACUUUGGGCUCAGUCGCGAAAUCGAGAGUGCCACGGAAGGAGCCUAUACAACACGGGUUAGUAUGGGAGGAAAAAUACCAGUCCGAUGGACAGCUCCAGAAGCGAUAGCAUUCAGAAAAUUCACGAGUGCAUCGGACGUGUGGAGCAUGGGCAUUGUGUGCUGGGAAGUAAUGUCAUACGGCGAGCGACCAUACUGGAACUGGUCCAAUCAAGAUGUGAUAAAAUCCAUCGAGAAAGGCUACAGAUUACCGGCACCCAUGGAUUGUCCGGAGGCUAUUUAUCAGCUGAUGCUUGACUGCUGGCAGAAGGAACGUACACACCGGCCUACCUUCGCUAACCUUACGCAGACGCUGGAUAAACUCAUCAGGAGUCCGGACACGCUCAGGAAAAUCGCUCAGAACAGUGUGAGGCCGCCAGCACACAACCCUUAUUACGUGACAAGCCAAUCGAUGAAUUCUGGUUUAGUCCAAGGUCCAGGACAAUUUGUUGAUGUAUCUGGGGGCCAUCAGGCCCAAUCAUCAGCAACGAUUGCCGUUCCAGUAAUGCCAGCGGGAGCCGGACGUAGUCUACACUAUCACACACAUGCAGCAACACACGCAUUACCACAUCAGUCACCAUUAACUUACCCCAAUUGGGUUCCUUUUUCCCAUUUUGGCUGAUAGUUGUGUUACUUUUUUUUUUAAUUAUGUUUUAUAGUUAUCAGUCACUUCACUACUGUACUGUACACAAAUCGCUGUUUAGUUUUAAAUCCAUUCUGGGAAAUCAAUUAUCUGUCAUCACUCGUCGUAUAUCAUCUUUUUGUCCGUAUGUAAUCAUAUACGGAGUAUAUGUGAUGCAUAUAUGACCACUUGUGGUCAUAUUAUUAUUAUAAUUAUUAACAAAAGACUUGAAUUUUCACGUAUUAGCUAUAUGUGACACUUUAUGACCAUAUAUGAUCACACAAGACCAUAAACAUACAUUAACAUAUGUGAUCUCAGAAGGUGUAUCCAAUUAUAAAAGACUUAAUUUUUCACAUAUUAGCCAUAUGUGACACUAAAUGAACAUAUGUGAUCAUAUAUGGAGUAUUUGUGAUGCAUAUAUGACCACUUGUGGUCAUAUCAAGUUAUAUUAUUAAUAAAAGACUUAAAUUUUCACAUAUUAGCCAUAUGUGACACUUUAUGACCAUAUCUGACCAUAUAUGAUCAUAUAUAGCCAGAUAUUAACAUAUGUGAUCAUAUGAAAGGGUAUCAAAUUAUAAAAGACUUAAUUUUUCACAUAUUAAGUAUAUGUGACACUAUAUGAUCAACUGUGACCAUAUAUGAUCACAUAUGACAAUAUUUGAUGAAUAUAUGACCAUUUAUGGCCAUAUAUAUAGCUAAAUUCUUUUAUUUACGAACACAUAUGCUAACAUGUGAUCAUAUAUGAUCACAUAUGGGCGUUUAUGAACAUAUGUGAUCAUAUGGAGAUAUAUCCAAGCAUUAAAAACUUUAUUUUUCACAUACAAAUCAUAUAUGACCAUAAAUGAUCACAUAUGGCCAUACAUGAUGAAUAUAUGACCAUUUAUGGUCGUAUAUACAGCUUAAUUUUAUCAUAAAAGACUUAAUUAUUCACAUAUUAAGUAUAUAUGACACUAUAU